UACAGUGCCCAGCUAAAGCCGAUUCAUCCUUCUAUAAUUAUAAAGGAACCAAUAGUAUUGUUCUUCUAGCCAUAUGUGAUGGCAAUUAUAUGUAUACAUUUAUAGAUAUAGGAGCUUAUGGAAGAAGGAGCGAUGGGGGAAUUUUUAAGGAGUCAGAAAUGGGCCAAAAAUUUGAAAGUGGUGAAAUGAAACUUCCACCACCUGCAUCUCCAUAUGGAUCCGAUGCAACUCUUCCAUAUUGCAUCGUUGGUGACGAAGCUUUUCCUCUCAAACCCUAUUUAAUGAGACCGUAUCUAGGCAAGACAAGGGUUGAACACGAUAGACGAGUAUUUAAUUAUAGAUUAAGAAGAGCAAGAAGAGUAAUAGAAAACACUUUCGGAAUUAUGGUUAGCAGGUGGAGAAUUUUUAGGAAACCAAUCAUCAUGCCUGUAGAGCACAGCAUGCUCAUUGUUCAAGCAGCAGUAUGUUUACAUAAUUUUUUGAGAUUGUCAGACUUGAAUGAUGAAGAAGAUGUCAAAUAUAUAACGCCUGGUUCUAUUGAUUAUGAGAAUGAAAAUAAUGUACUAAUGCCAGGCUCUUGGAGAGCUGAACCCCAAAAUGGCACUGCUUUUGCAGAAAUAACUAGAUGUGGAAAUAACUCGAGUACCAAAGAGGCAUACGCAAUCAGAGAGAUAUUGAUUUUAAUAAUGAAGGAGCUUUAGAAUGGCAAGAAAAAUAUCUGUAACAACAAUCAGUGCCGUAAAAUAUAAUUUAUUUACUUCAAUUGUAAUAAUGUAAAUAAAAUAUUUAUUUAUUUA